UUGCCCCAUGUCAGCUCCUCUCAGUACAGCUACCAGGAAAACUUGCUGAACUUAAAGGCCGUGAAGACUUGGUACAGCAAAUACAGCAGCAUAUUACAGGUGAAUCUCGACUUGUUCUUCUUACUGGGAUGGGGGGCAUUGGGAAGACAUCAGUGGCUAUUGAGGUCGGGCAUCGCGAACAAAAUGUACUGUAUAUUGAUAUGAGACAAGUCACCAAUCUUGACUCUGUGAAGUUAUCUCUAGUCCAGCACUACCACCCAACAAGUUCCCUGAAAGAUUUAUACAGUGACUAUCAAAAUGUAUUCAUACAAUCUCUGUCUAGUUUAACUUCAGACACUGUUAUAAUAUUUGAUAACAAUGAUGAGGUCAUUAAGUCAAAUUUGCAGGAAUUUCACAGCUUGAUCCAAUGCAUUUCGAAUUCAACAAAGCAUGUCACUUUGUUGUGUACCAGUCGUGAAUCAUUCAGUGUCAUGUCACAUAAUAUGGCUGUCCUAGACGUACCUCCCCUUGAUAAGGCACCCUCCACUGAUAUCCUUUGGGAAGGAAAAGCCACCAGUCCCACUGAUAGUGAGUCAAUAGUGUUAGGUGAAUUAGCAGAGAAAUGCGGGGGGAACCCCCUUGCACUCAAAUUAUUAGCAGUUCAACUCAAGAAAAAAACUGCGCAACGAGUAUUAGAUAGGAUGCAAAACAAAAAUGUUAUUGAAAACCUUAAGGUAGCAAAUCUUCCAGCUUCUCAAGAAAUGAUGGCAUGCCUGGAUAUGUCUUAUGAAACACUGAAUACUGAAGAACAAAGAGUGUUUCGAGCUUUACAUAUAUUCCCAGUUUCAUUUCACGUGGAAGAAGUUUCAGGAAUUUUGAAAAUAGAUGAGGAUGAAUGUGAAUAUAUCCUUGACAGUCUUUGCAACAAAUCUCUCCUAGGUGCAGACCACAGUGUGUAUGAUCUCCAUCCCUUAUUAAGAGCUUAUGCAGCGUUUCAAGCUGGAACAGAUCAAAAUGAAAUAGCUGGCAUUCAAGAUGCGUACUGUAAACAUUACAUGAAACAGACUCCUCUUCUGCUAUCCGAAUUUGAAACCCUUUCGUCCAAAGAAACAUACGGAAAAGCCAAAAAAACACUGCCCCAUCUGAAGGUUAUAGCUAGUUUGCUGACAGAUCAACUUGGCAACAAAAACCUACACGAUGAAGGAAUGACAUUUAUACAAUUAAAAAAUCUAUAUUCCAUUGCUCGUGUAUGUCAAAACGUUUUCCUGUACCCUGAAGCCUUAACGAUACUAAGAACAUUGGAAAUGUUUGAAGGAAAAGAUUUCCCAUUUGAACAAAUAAGUCCAUUUAUAUAUGGCGCGAUUGCAGAAGUGCUGCAGGGAAUGGGAAACUACAAAGAGGCACUUGCAUAUCAAGAGAAAUCUCUUGACGUCAAGCAAGCAAUACUGGGAGAGAAACACCCAUUGACUGCUAGCACAUACCAGAAUAUUGGCAGUGCACUAUGGUCCAUGGGUAAGUUUGCAGACUCACUUACAUAUUAUAAGCAAUCUCUUGAUAUCCAGAAAGAAAUAGUGGGUGAGAAACACUCUGAUACUGCAGGGACAUACCAGAAUAUUGGCAGUGCACUGUGUGCCAUGGGUAAGUACCAAGAGGGACUUACAUAUUAUUAUAAAUCUAUUGAAAUCGUUAAAGAAACCUUUGGUGAGAAACACCCUCUUGCUGGCAUGGCAUACCAGAAUAUUGGCAAUGCACUAUGUGAAAUGGGUACGUUCCAAGAAGCACUUCCAUGUUAUCAGAAAUCUCUUCAAAUCAUGGAAGAAAUCCUCGGUAUGAAACACCCUGAUACAGCGGGAGCAUACCAGAAUAUUGGCAGUGCAUUAUGUGCCAUGGGUAAGUACCAAGAGGCACUUACAUAUCAUGAAAAAUCUCUUCAAAUCAUUAAAGAAAUCUUUGGUGAGAAACACCCGGAUACUGGUAGGGCAUAUCACAAUAUUGGCACUGCACUACUGUCCAUUGGUACGUACGCAGAGGCACUUACAUAUUAUGAGAAAUCUCUUGAAAUCAUUAGAGAAUUUUUUGGUGAGAAACACCCUUAUACAGGCACGGUAUACCAGAAUAUUGGCAAUGCACUAUGUGACGUUGGUAAGUACGCAGAGGCACUUACAUAUUAUGAGAAAUCCCUUCUUAUCAAGAAAGACAUACUUGGUGAGAAACACUCUGAUACUGCUUCGACAUACAACAGUAUUGGCGUCGCACUACGUAACAUGGGUAAGUUUGCUGAGGCACUUACAUAUCAUGAGAAAUCUCUUGAAAUCCAGAAAGACUUACUUGGUGAGAAACACCCUAAUACUGCGACGACAUACCGGAAUAUUGGCAGUGCGCUAUGUGACAUGGGCAAGUAUCCAGAGGCACUUAAAUAUUAUAAGAAAGCUCUGGAAAUCAUAAAAGAAAUAUUUGGUGAGAACCACCCUGAUACUGGUAAGGCUUAUCAUAAAAUCGCCCAGGCCCUAUAUGCCAUAGGUAAGUAUGCAGAAGCACUCACACAUCAUAAGAAAUCUUUACAAAUCCGGAAAGAAAUACUAGGGGACAAACAUCCUGAUACUGCCGCGACAUACCAGAAUAUUGGCAAUACCCUAAAUGCUAUAGGCAAGUACGCAGAGGCACUUACAUAUUAUGAGAAAAAUCUUGAUAUAAUUAAAGCAAUAUUUGGUGAGGAACAUCGUGAUACUGCUGCAACAUACCAGAAUAUUGGCAAUGCACUAUGUGGCAUGGGUAAGUACGCAAAGGCACUACAACAUUAUGAUAAAUCUCUUAAAAAAAUUGAAGAAAUCCUUGGCGAGAAACACCCUGAUACAGCAAGAGCAUACCAGAAUUUUGGCAGUGCAUUAUAUGCCAUGGGAAAGAAAAUUUUGGUGCGAAACACCCUGAUACUGCUUCGGCAUACCAGGGCAUUGGCAAUGUUCUAUGUCACGUUGGAUGACAAUGUUCCUUGUCACAGGACCAGAGCAGUUGAUGGUUGGUUUGACUAA